CCGCAUUUUCAGUACCAAAUCUUCAUAGUAAGAAAAGAGGAAAAAACAAAAGCUGUGAUCCAAUUCAAUGUCUGAUACAGCCGAGUGAACUGCCUUUAAUUCAAAGUCUUUGCCCUCCUAAUCCUCCAUCAAAUACUAUCAAUACUUGAACCUUUAAGCAGUAAUCUAGUAUUCGAUGGAGCUCCUCUGUUUCAUGGUUUUCAGCAUUUGCUUGCUCUUCUCUCUGAGCCAAACUUCAUCAGCUGCUGACACCAUCACUGCAUCUCAGUCCCUCAGCGAUGGCAAGUCGUUGGUUUCAUCUCCCGGCGGAAUUUUCGAGCUUGGUUUUUUCAGUCCAGGCAUUUCCAAGUCUCGUUACUUGGGAAUCUGGUACAAAAAUAUCCCAGUCCAAACCGUUGUUUGGGUUGCUAAUAGGCAGUCUCCAAUCAAUGGUUCCACCGGGAGUUUGACGAUCAACACCACAGGGCAUCUCGUCCUUCUCGAGAACAACCAGACAGUUAUUUGGUCUGUGAAUUCGUCAAAACAAGCCAACAGCCAGAGUCCUGUCCUGCAGCUGUUAGACAAUGGCAAUCUUGUCCUGAGAGACGAGGGAGAUGCUAACUCAGGGAUCUACUUGUGGCAAAGCUUUGACUACCCUUCUGAUACUUUACUGCCGGGAAUGAAGCUCGGGUGGGACUUGAAAACCGGACUUAACCGGCGUGUAACAGCAUGGAAGAGUCCGGACGACCCUUCUCCAGGGGACUUUAUAUGGGAGAUGGUGCUGCACAACUAUCCUGAGCCUGUUAUGUGGAAAGGGUCUAAUGAGUUCUUGAGAAGCGGUCCAUGGAACGGUGUUUUGUUCAGCGGAAGACCCCCCAAGGCCCUUCCGGCUUUGAACUUCACUUUUGUUUCCAAUGAGGAUGAGGUUUACAUGAUAUUUCAGAUGGUGAACGAGUCGUUGCUUGGACGGAUGUUGAUGAACCAAACCACGUCGUUUCGCCAGCAGUGGAUUUGGUCACAGGUAGAUCAGAAUUGGACACUCUACGGAUCGUUUCCGAGAGACCCUUGCGACAGUUAUGGCCACUGUGGUGGCAAUGGCAAUUGUGUUCUUGGGUCAUCGCCAAUUUGUCAAUGUUUGGAGAGGUUCGUUCCUGCGUCGCUAGAGAAGUGGAAACUGAGCGAUUUUUCACAAGGUUGCGUGAGGAGAAAACCGUUGAGCUGCAAGAACGAUGGGUUUGCUAAGUAUUACGGGUUGAAAUUGCCGGAUACUACGCAUAGUUGGAUAAAUAAAAGCAUGAACCUCGAUGAAUGCAGGGCGAAAUGCUUAUCGAACUGUUCCUGUUCGGCUUAUACGCACUUGGAUGUGAGAGGAGGAGGCAGCGGUUGCGCAAUCUGGUUUGAUGAUCUUGUUGAUAUUAAGCAAAUUCCCGGUGGUGAUCAGGAUCUGUACAUCAGGAUAUCUGCUUCAGAACUAGGAGGGAAAGACGAGAAAUGGAAGGUAGGAGUGAUAGCUGCAUCCGCAUCUGCUGUAAUUGUUGGGAUGCUCUUAGUUGGCUAUUGUUACAUUCUACGAUUCAGAGGCAAGAAAGAUGUCAAAGAUGAGGAGAUUGAAGAACGGAAGGAAGAUGACCUGGAGCUGCCAUUGUUCGACUUGCCAACAAUCGAGACUGCCACUAAUUACUUUUCGAUCAACAAUAAGCUUGGAGAAGGUGGUUUUGGACCUGUAUACAAGGGUAGACUAGUAGAUGGACAGGAAAUCGCGGUCAAGAGGCUUUCGAGAAGUUCUGGACAAGGAAUGAAGGAGUUCAAAAAUGAAGUAAUACUGAUUGCCAAACUUCAACACCGAAAUCUUGUGAAGCUUCUUGGAUGUUGCAUUCAGGGAGAGGAGAAAUUGCUGAUUUAUGAGUACAUGCCCAACAAAAGCUUGGACUACUUCCUUUUCGAUGAAAUACGGAGCAAGUUGUUGGAUUGGCCUCAGCGCUUUCAAAUUAUCUGCGGGAUUGCUAGGGGGCUUCUCUAUCUUCAUCAAGACUCCAGACUGAGAAUUAUACACAGAGACCUCAAACCAAGUAAUGUUUUACUCGAUAGAGAUAUGAACCCGAAAAUCUCAGAUUUUGGUCUUGCUAAAACUUUUGGUGGGGAUCAAAUUGAGGGAAAUACAAACAGAGUGGUUGGAACAUAUGGUUACAUGGCACCUGAAUAUGCUACCGAAGGGCAGUUCUCUGUAAAAUCUGAUGUCUUUAGCUUCGGUAUUUUACUGCUGGAGAUAAUUAGCGGUAAGAAAAGUAAGGGGUUCUAUCAUCUGAACCACCGGCUUAAUCUUAUCGGAAAUGCAUGGAGAUUGUGGAAAGAAGGAAGGCCACUAGAACUGAUUGAUAAAGGGCUUGGGAACUCAUGCACUCUAUCAGAGGUGCUGCGAUGCAUUCACGUCAGUCUCUUGUGUGUGCAACAGCAACCUGAGGACCGGCCAACCAUGUCAUCAGUUGUUCAGAUGCUAUGCAGCGAAAGUGCUUUGCCUCAGCCUAAAGAACCAGGAUUUGUUCCAGAAAAGGGUUUACUUGAUGGAGUGAUCAAUCCGUCAUGUAAUGGAUUAACCAUUACAGAGCUCGAGGCUCGUUGAUCAUAUAUAUCUAUUCAGUGUUGUUUAUCAUACAUUAUAUAGAAACCCUAAAUCCUCCGGUAUCCUAGUUAAACUAGUCCUUUAUGAAACUUCUUGUUUGGAGGGGAUAAAUGCCAUUUUCUACCUGCAACAAUGUACUGAUCAAUAUUAAAAUAACCAGUACCAUUUUCACUGUACUUGGUAUCUGGGCCGGGUUAUAACGAUAA